AUGACUAACAAAAUCUAUAUUUUACCGUCGUAUCAACGUUUUAUAAACGGUGUACCAGUACCAUUGUUUUCGCGACGUUCGAUUCGUUUACGUGAAAAGUAUCUUAUUCUACUUGUAUUUUUGACAUUUGGAAUAGUAUGUUUCGGAACAUUUUUCUUUUUGCCGGAUUUUCGUAGUGCUAAAGGAUCAGUAGCAUACAAUAGUGUUUACAAUGUCUAUCAAAAAAUUCAAAAAGUCGGUCCUGAUUUAUUAUUACCGGCACCACCACAUGGAGUUAUGGGCCCGCUAGAUCCUCAUGGACCUGGUGGUUAUUUUCAUGCAUUUAAUGUCGGCCUUGAACGUCCUGGUGAUGUUGUCCAAGAUAUUCAUCUCAUUGAGGACAAACUAAAGCUACAGGCGAAAAUCGAUGAAGACAAUGAACAACAAAAGACAUUGGAGAAACCGGAAAUAGUGGAAGAUUCGCGUACGCGUGUGACCAGUAGUGCUAUCCCGUUACCACAAGAAGAUCAUCAGCAUGAAGAGGCCAUAGUGAUAGUGCCACCGGCUCCAGCGGACGUGCUUCCGACUCUUGUAGGUGGGGAAGACAAGGAUCCAAUUGCACGCCAACGUCGGGACAAAGUUAAAGAGGUAAGCCGACACUAAUUGAAUGAAUUUUUAUUAUCGCUCCCUAUUUUUACACUCUUUCAGCUUCCAUUUACUUCCCCAUGACAUAAUAUUGUUAUUUACUGCAAUAUUUUA